UGGCGUGUUGUAAACAAUGAGGUGAUUCCCAGACCGUCUCAGCUUUGUGUAUACCUGAUACUUUAUCCUGCAGAGACAAACACGCAUCCAGGCGCUGAUUACACCUCAUAAAAUGUUCCUCGGUGUGUUGCAGAGAGCUGAAGAAUGGAGGCAGUUCUGAGCCGGCUGAGGGGGCUGACGGCCGCCGAGCUCUGUGAGGAAUUUGCGCGAGCCGACCUCAAGUGCGGCCCCAUCACUUCUACGACACGAGCCACGUACGAGAGGAAGUUAGCCCGCGUCCUGGCUGAGCAAGAGGGCGAUGUCGCCGAAACGGACAACAGCUUUUCAACGGCCUUCUCGGACAGCGCUGCUGAAAACGCCAAACCCGUGUCGUGUUCGUCAGUCGCACCCGUGACGGCUGCGUCGAGCAGCAGCUCCGCUCAGACCGCCGGUGAAGAGUUGGACUUUGGUUACGGUGUAGGUCUAAAUCCUCCAGAGGAAGAGGAAAUCUUAGGAAAGACGGCUGCUAACUGCGCUGCCGACUGCAGUAACUCUCAGUCCAAAAAUGAAACCCCCUCAAAGCCAGCACAAGUGUCCCCAAACUUUUAUUAUGGAGUAUGUCCACCCUGGGAGGAUGCCCUGGCUAGAAACGACGGAGUAUAUAAAGAUAAGAAGGAGGCACUUCAAGCUGUAAAGUUGAUGAAGGGGGCUCGCUUCAAAGCUUUCUCCAACCGUGAAGAUGCAGAGAAAUUUGCAAAGGGAAUCUGUGACUAUUUUCCCUCCCCCAACAAAUCAACACCCUGUGUUUCUCCUAUCAAGUCCAGCCCGCUCCUUGGCAAAGUCGAGAACAUGGAGGUCGACACCAUCAACAGGGAGCGAGCCAACAGUUUUAAGAGCCCACGCAGCCAGGACUUGACGGCCAAACUGAGGAAAGCGGUGGAGAAGAGCGACGAGACGGCCUUCAGCGAGCUCGUCUGGAGCAACCCGCGGUAUCUCAUCGGCUCGGGGGAUAAUCCCACCGUCGUCCAGGAGGGCUGUCGGUACAACGUCAUGCACGUGGCAGCCAAGGAGAACCAGGCAGGAAUCGCCCAGCUGCUGCUGGACACCCUGGAAAACCCGGAGUUUAUGCGCCUCAUGUAUCCAGACGACCAGGAAGUCAUGCUGCAGAAGAGAAUCCGCUACAUCGUAGAUCUUUACCUCAAUACUCCAGAUAAGGCUGGUUUUGAAACACCACUCCACUUUGCCUGCAAGUUUGGCAGCCCAGAUGUGGUGAACGUCCUGUGCUCGCAUCCCGACACUGACAAGAACUGUAUGAACAAGGACGGACAGAAGCCUUUUGAUGUUAUUUGUAGCAGAAAAAAUAAAACCCAAGAAGUCAAACAGAGGAUAAGUGACUACUUGGAGGACCGCUGCUAUAUUCCUCUGCUGAGGGCGACCGACAACACGGCCCAGCCCAUAAUCGGAGCUCCGUGGUCGCCAGAGUCGUCGGAGAGUCUGUCCCUGAUCCAGCGGCACACGAAGAGCCCCAUGGAUCCUCUCAUGACGGUCACGGCCUUCGCCGGCCCGCUCAGCCCCUCGCAGGCAAACGAUUUCCGGCGGUUCUGGAAGACGCCGCCCAGAGAUCGGGCAGAUGUUUUCCACCACAUUCUGAAGUCAGAUCCGGACAGAGGAGCGGAGAGAGUGGGCAGAGAUCUGGCCCGGGAGAAGGGGCACCCCUGGGCGGAGUACUGGGGCUUCCUGGACAGCUUUGUGGAUCUGUCGUCCGCUGACGGGCUCCGCAAGCUGGAGGAAUAUCUGAGUAGGAAGGACUUCAGCCCACGGACUCACGAAGGCUCUGGAGAGAACGAGACCAGCAACAGGUUUAAAACCCCAUCCCCAGGCAAGCCCAAAAAGUUCUGCAACUCCAUUUCCGUCGGUGCCUUCCUGGAAGAGGGCGACGACAUCAGCCUGGAGGAGAUGAAGAACCGUCAGAACGCCGUUCUCACCAGCAUCACGUCCUCCUCCUCCACCAAGGACGUCCUGACGGGAGCCGUGGGUGGCCGGGAGUUCCACAUGUCGCUGCACCACCACGGGGCCGACCUGAUCGAGACGGCGGCCGAGCAGGAUCUGCUCUGCUGCUGCAGCGACGGCUUCCUCUCCCCCGGCGUCGUCUGCAAAAACAGGGCCUGCUCGUCCUCCAGGACUCACAACGGAGACACGGCGUCCCCGCGCUCUUCCCCGUCCCCCUCCUGUCUGCUGUCCCCCAUUUCCAACCUCAUGGUGGAGUUCGAGCGCAUGUCGCUGCAGGAGGCGGCGGACUGCGCCGCGGCCGGCGGCGUCAGGGAGAGGAGGAGCAGCGGCGGGAGUCGACACAAGGAGCCCUACAAGGAGGUCCGGGAUUCCUACGGCUCCUGCUCGGACCUGAACCCCGGGCUGGACCGCCUCUCUCUCGGCAGCCAGGACGGCGAGGGGCCGGACGGGGCCGGCCGGAGGACGGCGGGCGGAGGGACGGAGGAGAAACGCAGCAGCAGCGGCAGCAGCGGCAGCAGCGGCAGCAGCGGCAGCAGCGGCAGCUCGGACGAAUACCUAACGGCCGAGGAAGAGCUGGCUUGGACUAAAGGGUCGGGGGGACGCAACUUCUGCGCCAGGUCCAAGUCGUGGGACCACGGAGGCCGAGACCUGAGCAGCUCAGGGUCCUCCACGUCCUCUUACAAGUCCUUGGAGAACGAGUUCCUGCCCAGGACGCCACAAAACAUGAGACGGAGACUCUUCAUCGAGGGGGACUCUCCAACCAAACUGGACAGCGAGGUUUGGUCGGCGCUGGAAGGAACAGACAUCGACCCCCAGAAGUUUCCCAGCAUUCACAAGUGGAAGAGCACAGUGAGGUCGUACUCUGAGCUGGACAUGCACAGCUGGCCCAGCCCGGCCGUAAAGGCCCGACUCAGGACGCAGCAUCAAACCCCCGGCUCCCCGGCCAGCGGCCGCAUGUCUCCGUCCUCCCGCUUCAGUCCGGUCCGCCACGUGGCCUCGCCGGACUUCAGCCCGCGCCGCUACAGCCCGGCCAACGUCAGCUACAUCCAACGCAUCCGCCUCAAGCACUUGAACGAGCUCCCGCUCUAACUCUUAUUAAAACCCUUAUUAUUAAAUUAAACCCUUAUUAAAACCCUCCACUUUCACUCCAGCUGCACCGAGAUCACAGAACCAGAGCUGAGAAACCACAAACCGGACACAAAUAUGCACAAUUGUCUGGGAGAUUUUGCAUUAACGGUACUUACUCCUACAGGAAUUCUCAUCACAUUAGGCCGUGAUGUCGACGCGGGGCUUUAAAAAGAGGAAAAUGAAAUGAAAUACCCGUGAUAAUUCAUGUACUGUACGGGUGUGGAUCAUGUUAAACCAAUGGUUUUGUUGUAAGUGUGAGACGCCUGUAACAUAAACCUGAGUCACGUUUUUUGAAUUUCACAAACACAAGCCACACUUCCCAAAGUUAGCUGGCUGCUACGACCUCGUGGAGUCGCAACAGGAUUCUCUCCAAGAAGAUGUUGUUACAAAAGACAAGAAUAAAAAAAAAAAAGAGUAAAAUGUCAAUAUUUUAAAAAUUAUUUUUUGUAUGUUGGUCAGUAGCACAAAAAUGUUUUUAUUAAAUAGUGUUAAAACCAACUGCCAUUUCCUGUUUUUCCUCAGUUCAGGAAUUGCCUUAAUUUUCUGAAGUGAGGGACCAGUUCUGCUCCUGUAAUGUAUGAAAAAUGGAGAAACACAAAUCUUCCAUUUGUUAAUUUCGUUCUUUAAUAAAUGCUUAAUUUUUUUUCCCUUGUUCUCUUGGUAGUUGGACAUGUCUUCACUUUUCUUUUCUUUCUUACCACUGAUGGCAGCCUUAAAGUGUGCCAUUUUCUUUUAUUAAAUGUCCUCUGAUGUUCCCGUCAGUCACGAGCAUCUUGUACAGUGUGUGAAUGAGGAAACAUAUCAGAUAAAAGUAUUAUUAUUUCACUUAAUCUGAGGCUGAAAACACCUUUUAAAGAUGUAGUAUUUUUACUCACCACUAGAGGGCAGCCAGACUCCAAAACCAAUUCAAUAGGAAACACAAUUCAGACCUAAUAGCUUAUUAAAAUAACCUUAACUGAACAGAAACUGCCUUAUGCUUACAGAGAACAAAAGUGGGAGCUGCAUUUGCUGCAAGUCUUUUUUUUUUUAGUACUUUAAUCUACUUUUACACCUUUGGCUGAGAGAGAACUCAUGUACACGUGAGAGUUUAAUGUGAAAUGUCAGUAUGCAAAACUCCCUUUUAUCCCAACCGUCAUGUAAGGUUCAUUGUUUUUGUGAUGACUCUUGGUCAGAGAAAAAGCCAGGUUGCCACUCGUAGGUUAAAAGAAAAUAAAAAAGUGUUCUGAAUGUAUUUUUUUUGUAUUUUUUUGAGGAUUAAACUUUUAUCCGAGAGCACAAGCUACUUCACUUGAAAGAUUGUACCAUCAUCCUCGUGCUCUCAGGUGACAACAGAUCAGAUUCUGGUCUCUGAAUGUUUAUGAAUGUGGAAUUUUUGCUAAAAUGCACCUAAAAACUUACAAACAUGCUUUUCUUGUGCUUUUAGUGUUCUGUGCUUUAUUUAAAAAAAAAAAAAAACCUUUCAUGGUGAAAACUUUCUGUAUGUCUAGACUUGAUUUGCUUUGAACUAAUCAAUAAAUCAUCACUCCUUUAGUAUCCU